AUCUCGGUUCCAAUUGUCUGAAGUUUUGACUAUCUUUUUAGUCGUUCGAGCAAUCCGAGUUGAUGUUCAACACUUGAGCAAUGAAAGGCCCCUUAGUUUUUUAAAUCCCUUCCGCGAAUUGGAGAACUUCGCUGAGAUGGUUGGUAAGUGGUCAUGUUCUCUGGCUGCGCCGAAGACGGCCGAAGUGGCGUGGAGAGUGUGUGCGAGUGUCACAGCGGCCGCGAGAGAGAUGCGAUGCGGCGGAGAGCGAGAGAGCGCUGGGAGCACAGGUUCGGAUGUGUUGGGCGUUCGGCGGAGCACCAUAAAGUAGUGAACCCGAUUGGAGGGCAGACGCAAGACGCAGCCAGCUGCAAAAUUCAGUCUUCUCAGUUCUUUUUGCUCUUGGUGAAUUGAUGUGAUCUUUUUCUUCUCGUUUGUUUAAUUCUAAAAGAAUUGUGUGACAUUAGGCUGAUUUUAUUAUCAAAAUACAGUGUUCUGUAUUGUUUGUUGAAGUAAAAUUUGUCAAAUUGCCGAAGAAAGCGCAGCCCACGGAAGCACACAACACACACGGCAAAUUGAGUGACUUGGAACAGUGAGAUUCUCCAUCGUCUUGGAUGCAUAUGGCAGUCUAUCGCAAGAAGACAUCCCGGUGACCUCUCUCUCUCUCUCACUCUCUGAUUGUCUGUGGUGCAAAGUAAGAAGUCUCAAGUGUCUUCUCCAUCAUUGAAUGCGAGGAUGAUUGCGUCUCUCCCAUGAGAUUCCGCACCCGUGAAUCCAUAUCUUCAGUUGCAUUCUAAUGAUGGAAUUGAUUAGAUUCUGUGCUAUUUGGUGAGUGUGUGGAUUCGUUCGUGAUGAUCCAGUGCAGUUUCUUUUCUCGGCAUCUCACAGUGGAGGAGAGAAAAAAGUACUGACAAUCAGUGUUUCGUAUGAAAGAAGGCACGAGUAUUUUAGCAUUAAAUGGCGAAUUGCGCUAUUUGGUUCCACAUGAGAUGAUGCUGCUCUACUCCGCUGGACGGUUAUAGAGCACCCGCGAGUGUUUUUCCAACAUUAAUUCAUUUCUCUGUGUUAUUAUUAUUAUACCAGUAUUAUAAUUUAAAGCAUAAAAGCAAAGAAAUAGUCGGUAUUUCGAAGGUGUUUGUGCUCACUGGUUAGCAAAGUGAAAUUAUAAAUAUUUGAGUGCUUCGUGUGGUUAAAAAAGAGAGAAAGAUGAAUUUUUUUUAUUAAAAGAAGAUGUGAAAUACUGUUAGUUCAACGUUACUGGAGGAUAAAAAGUGCGGCGAAGGGAGAGAGAAGAAAGAAGAAGAAGAAAAAAAGAGUUUGUAAAGUGUCUGGUUAACACAAAAAUCACUCAAGUGGAUUCAACAAUCGAUAGAGAGAAAACGAAUCGCACGGAUUUUACACACAUCAUCAAGGAUAAUUAACUCUCAUCUUUCUCUUUUGUCCACUGGAUGUGAUAUUGACGGAUUUUUUCCACCAAAUUCUGCUCAAGAUGUCAACUGGAUUAAUGUCUUGCGUGCGUGAAAAUUCACCUCCUUUGGAAGGUGUUUCAAUUCAGCAGGACGAUGGAGACGGAGGAUUUUCACAUUCACCCGAGCCGCCAGAAACACACAAACGACGGCGAUUCCAUCCGCUGAGGAAUCUUCGGCGCAUCUUCAGGAGACGAACGGUGCCUCGAGGGGACUUUGUGGGUCACGGCGGUGACAAUUGUAGCAGCAUCCCGAGCGGUGGAACAAGUCAGAUGGUGAAUUCGUCUGACUCCAGUUCGCCACCCUCAAUAGUCGAUGUCACGGCGUCGGGAUCGGUGACGUCUGGUGGCUACACGACGACCAUCUACUUGACCAAGGAAAGACUGGAAGGGAAUCUGGACAUGCGGAGUGGCCGGAUUGCCAAGAUGAAGGAGGCUCAGGACGAAUUGGAUCGUGAUAUCACGGACUACCAGAGGAGUUUCAGCGAAGGACUACUCGUGGACAGUGGUUACAAUCGAGACGCUUUAUCACAGUCGCAUGAUAGUGUUUUCUCAGAAUCAGCAACAGCCAGUAGUUUAUCAAUUGUUCUGAAGGCUGAACUCGUGGAUGUCUUGCGAAAGAGGAGAAUUCGCCCAGAUGCAUCUGACGAGGACUUAGGCUUGCCGCACAGUCCAACAACGCCACAGCGGAAGGACUAUCCGUUGAACCACAGCGAAGGAUCGCUGAGCCUGCUGAGCAUGGUGAGCUCGGACAUGGAGCCAGAGCCGUACGCCAUCCUGAGUGGCAGCAGUGCGACUGCAAAGCGAUCUCUGGACAUCUUUCAAGUCUCUGAAGAGCAUGACUUGAAUUUGAGCAUUGGAUCGAAGCUGAGUCACUCGGCGGCGCGUCAUAAGAUGGCAGUGCGGCCGAACAAGAAGAAGGGCCCGAGUCGGCAUCGCAAGACGAUUGAGAUGAAGGCGGCCGUGUUGCCGGUGACGCCGGAGCUGAACGAGGACGCGGCCAAGACGGCCUCGCGCGAGGCGCUGGACAAGAAAGUGCGCUCGAAGUCGCUGCCGCCGGGCGUUAAUUCGAAGAUGAUGGAGCAGCAAUCAUCCAAUUGUCUGCAGUCGUCCGGGAACAUGUUCACCAGCUCCACUGAGUCAUCAUCGUCCACGAUAUAUGUGAAUCCGCAGUUGUCGAAGAGCUAUGCAUUUGAGAAGGAGACCUUGGAGAGUGUGUCGUCUGAGGAGCGGCAAGAGGAGAUGAAGAAAUUGAGUAAUGGCAGUAUGGAGAAUGUGGGCGAGAGAGUGAAGAUGCGACAGCCGAGAACAGGAGCGGCGUCGAGGCAGCGCAUUCAGCCGAAGGACUUGUCAUUCUCUCCAGAAGUGAGCAGGAGUACGAAGAUAUGCAUUGGCGAUGGCGCCGAGAUGCCCAAAGUGUGUGAUUAUCUGCCGCGAUCCGAACCAAAGAUCAGCUCCACUGAGAAGCUCUUCGCCAAGUCUCUCAGUCAGGGAAUUUCGGUGAAGUGCCGGGACACCGUGACGCCGAUCAGGGGCAAUGAUGAGGAUCCUGACGCCAUGGCGCCGCCGCCGAAGGUGGUGUGGCCGGACAGCUGCAAGAGUGACGGCAUGGCGAAGACUGUGGACGUGAGGAAGUCACCGAGGCGGAAGAGUGUUGAGAAAUCCAAGAGUUUCCGCUUCUAUUCGGAAAAUGAUCCUGACAAGUUGUCUCAAAGUCAUCUGCCGAGCUUACCGGAUCUCUCCUUGACGGCCUUCGACGAUAAGACAUCGUUGGGCACACGAAGGAACUCUCUAAAGUACACGCCGAGCAUGAAAUUUGAGAUAAAUGACAACAAUUUGGUGAAGCCCAAAGAGGAGUUGCAUCAUUUUGAGGGCAAUUCGUGUGGCAAGAACAUCAUCUUGACGCCCAAUAAAAUGGGAAAUGCCACGAAUAUUUCGCAAAUUGAGGAGAACAUUGACAAACUGGUGAAAAGCACGUUCGUCACGGUAUUGAAGAAGUCACCGAACAACUGCACUGAAGUGGUCGAGGCCAAAAUUCGACACACUUCAGUCAGGGAUGCUUCAGAUGAUGUCGAGAGCGUGGAUGCGGUGAAGAAUCGCCGCUCUGCGGCAUUUGUGACUGAGGAUGACCCGAAAGUUCCUGAAUUUAUGAAAAUCCAACUCAAUCGUGUGGACUCGACGCGUCCUAAGAGUCAUGUAGUGCUCUCGAAGAACGUCAAGGAGGACUCAACCAGACGGCACAGCACUGAGAUUCUGGACACCACUAAAGUCCCGGUGGCGACAGCGGAGGAGAAGAAAUCCCCGGUGAAAGUGUCUCCGAUUGUCUCUCCCACCAAGACUGCGCCCAAGAGGGGCUUCCCUGAGUCUGAGCCUGUGAUUGCGCGGACGACAGAGGCGCUGAAUGAGGUGAAGACGCUGAUAGCAGAGAGGAGACUUUCUGUGUCCGACGAGAAGGCGAAGAUCGAGAGGCGGCUGUCCGUGAGUGAUGAUAGUAAGAAUGAGAGGAACACCAGGAAGUCUUCUGAGGAUUCUGGCACCAUUUGCAGUACUCGCAAGGCGUCGUCAGAUGAUGAGAACAUUGUCGUGCUGCGCAAGAAGUCAUCUUCGAGCUCCACGAAGGAAGACAAUACGCCAGAAUUGAUGAAAGUGUUCGCGAGGCGAUCACUGAAGCUGAAGGACACGGAUGAGAUGCAAUUGUACGAUCAGUUGGAGAAGGGAAGCAUCGGGAAGACGCCCAAGUCGGCCAAUGUGGACAGUGAUAAGGAGAAUCAGUCGUCGAGUGAGGAGAAAUUGGAUCGUUUGGCCAAGGUUGAGCCACAAAUUGUGGCAGUGACGAAUGGCAAUUACACAAAACCACCGUCAGGACGCGAGAAGAGUGGGUCUAUUGAGGAGAAAGCUACAUCGCCGAAGAAGUGUGCAGAGUCUUGUGAUAAUUAUCGCAAGAGUAGCCUAAUAACGCCCAAGCCAUUUGCCACAAACAGUCCAAAUCGCUUCUCCGGCACUGCUCUCAAUUAUCGCUCGACGCCAACGACUUUUCACGACAUCCGGAAGAGUUUGGGUGUCGCGAUGACCACACUUGAGGCGACAAGUCAAGCCAAUCAGGCGAACAUCAACAACAACAACAACAACAGUAUCAGCAAUGGUGUGUGCAAUAACAACAAUCCAACAACCAAUGGAAGACACACAAUCGCCGCUCCGCAGAGCGUCACGACGGACGAGAACACCGACGCCAGCGAGGAGGACAUUUGUGAGUUUAAGGGCAUCCUUCAGAGGCGCGCCGAAUGGGAGAAACGCGCCAAAGAUGCUUGCAAGUAGAUUAAGCACUAUUUUGUAAACUUCAAUUGCUCAUCACUAGAAAAUUAAAUUCUUUAAUGACUUUAUUCGGUGUUAAUUGUUGUCUAUAGAGAACAAAGAAAAAUCAAAUCGUAGAGAAAAUAUUGUUGACCAGAAUUGCUGAGAGCUUGCAUAUAUUUUAGAGAAAAAUUGCUUCUAUAUAUUUACUUGAAUGUUGACAUCACAAAAAAGCGUGUUUAGGUGUUAAAGGAAGUGGAGACAGUAGCGAUAUCAUAACAUAACUUCUAUGUGAUAAUUUAAAAAUUGAAUAUUAUAGAAUAUUCUGACAUCUUUUGAAAUGUAUAUAGUAAAUAUUUUACUAAAACGUCAUUAGUUAUUGCAGAUGGAGAAAUUGUAAGAAAGAGUGUAACAUUAAAAUACUGAAAAACUCAUAAAAUGUUAAUAAAAGUAUAUAAUAUUCUUAAUAAACAAGGAACAACAUCAAA